UCAUCAGAGUUCUUUUUCGCGGGUACGAAAACGAGUUCGAGGGCUCCUCAGUGUUUCGUGGUCUCUUUGCUAGGAGCCAUGGCUACCAACUCUGCAAAAACCAGAAGUAAAUACAGCUCAGCAGAGGUGAAGGAAUUAGGGCAUCAACUUAUCACUUCUAAAGCUCACCUCAACAACGCCCCUAUACUUCUCUCUCUCCUCUCUAAUCCUUCCUCGCCAUUAGGGCACGCUUUAGAGGCCCUCAUCUCCUUGCAAUCGUUCUUCACUCCUCUUAUCUCUCGAAUUUCUCUCUCAUCAGCUAGGAUUUCAGCUGAUGUUCCUCUUCCGGGAACUGCUGGUAAAGAAGAGCAGUUUGCGGAGGCUGUGUACAAGAAAUGGCUCAAAUCCACGUUCAACGACUUUGUCUCGGUGCUUAUUGAUCUCUCCAUCUCUCCCCAUACGGAGCAAUCCCUAAGGGUUGUUUCUGUUGAUGCUAUUAUGGAGUUAGCAAGGCAGGGUAAAGGGGGUGCAUUUCGGUCAGAUAUUUACUUUAGGUUUCUUCGUGCUAUUGUUCAAUCAACGUCAUCCAUUGAUUUUGUUGUCCAGUUGCUUGUAACGAAGUUUUUCAAGUCCAUGGAUGUCUGUUAUUUCUCAUUCAUUGGGCUUGAUAAACUUGCUAGGAAUUAUGAGCCUGCGAAGAGCGAUGCAGACAAGAUGGGCAUGAUUUGGCAGGAUGACCCUCAGAACAUAAAUGGCUCUGGAUCUGAGGGGGUAUUCAUUUUCAACAUACAUAAUAUUCUUUCACGUAUUCCUUCUCUGGAAGAUCAGGUUGAAAAUGAAAUGUGGAGCCAGUCAGAGCCUAAUCAUUCUUUGAGGUCAUUAAUACCAGAAGACACAUCUAAAAAAUCAGGGAUAUCAGUUGAUGAGGGUUUCUCAACGUGCUCUAUUGCCAAGAGAAUAAAGUCAAAAAUGAGCAAGGCAUGGUUAUCAUUUCUGAGGCUUCGACUUCCUCUUGAUUUGUACAAGAAGGUUCUGUCUACACUACAUCAGGAUGUCAUCCCUCAUCUUGCAAAUCCUAUCUUACUGUGUGAUUUUCUGACAAGAUCAUAUGAAGUUGGGGGUGUUAUCAGUGUCAUGGCUUUAAAUGGCCUCUUCAUUUUGAUGACACAGCAUGGAUUAGAAUACCCUGACUUCUACAAAAAGCUUUAUGCAUUGUUGGCCCCAUCCAUUUUCAGGGCAAAACAUCGGUCACAUUUUUUUCAGCUUCUAGAUUCUUGUUUGAAGUCCCCCCUUCUACCAGCGUACUUGACUGCUGCAUUUGCCAAGAAAUUGAGUAGACUAGCACUUUCUGCACCACCUUCAGGCGCAUUGGUCAUCAUAGCACUCAUUCACAAUCUUUUGCGAAGACAUCCUUCAAUUAAUUGUUUAGUUCACCGGACUGUUUAUGAUGAACUGGAUACUUCACAAAGAGAUAUCGACAAUGAAGCAAGGGGUUCCAAAACGGGAGUAGAUUCAUACAUUGGGGAGUCAGGAGUAGAUCAUUUCAGGAUUGAAGAAACUGAUCCAGUGAAGGCAAAUGCAAUGAGAAGUUCUCUAUGGGAGGUUGAGACCUUACGUCGUCAUUACUGUCCUGCUGUUUCUAGGUUUGUCUUGUCGCUUGAGAAUGAUUUGACAGUUCGAGCAAAAACCUCUGAGGUUGCGAUCAAUGAUUUCAGUUCGGGGUCGUAUGGCACUAUAUUUAACGAUGCGGUGGGAAGAAGGAUCAAACAGGUUCCACUUGCAUUCUACAAGAUGAGGCCAACUUCUCUGUUCCCUGAAGCUGACUUUCCCGGUUGGAAAUUUGAGCAUGGGCAAGAUGAACUUGAAAUUAGGCCAAAUAAUGGAAAUGACCUUUUUGAGGGAGAUGGGGAGAAGUCCUCUAAGAAACAAAGGCUUGGAUGAGAAAAAUGGUUUAACUUACAUGGAAUAUGAUGGAUUUUUGUGCCAUCCUAAUUUGCCUGCUAAUUUGAUGCAAGGGUGUUUUGGUCAAGGCAAUGCCAGGCUUGUUAGUAAUUUUUGCAAUCCACUAUGCAGGCCCUAGCUGUAUUUUUUGCAUUAAGAUUCUCUGGAAUCUUAAAGAAAAUUUGGGAAUUUUCAUUAUUUAUUGUUUCAAGUAGAAAUGUAAUAAUAUUUGCUCUUGUAUACGAAUGUUCCUUAGACAUAAUUGUUUUUUCCUUUUUUUUUUCCGGUAUCAGCAUGCCAAGUUUAUAGGCAUUUCUCUUCGCCAAUUGGAGUCGAGAGAAUUUCAGAGGAUGAAUUUUGUAUUGGAUAAUGCACAAAGUCUAAGAUUAUUUGUCAUCAAUGGAACAUGAAUGUUUUUCACAGGAAA